GAGCAGUUCGCCAGACGGUUAGACCGAAAAACUGUCCUCGUAGUCGUUUUUUUUUCGGGCCAACAGACGAACGGGAUCCGGACUCUUGUUCUUUGCUCCGACGACGGUCGUCGUGUGUGCGUGUGAGCAAAAGCAAAUGUCAAAAUUCAGUCAUCCGCAAACCUAUGGUUACCAAAAUUCGGAGGAACCAUCUUGUUGGUGAUCUUCUGCCAAGGGGGAUCGGCAAGUGAGUGAGAAGAUCGAGUCGCGUCGAAUAAUAACCCCCAUUUUCGGUUUAUUCGCCUUGCUACUGCUACUGAUGAUGAUGGUAGAUAAACAGCAGUCAGCAACUGCCUAGAUGCAAUCGGAAGAAAGUGACCAAGUGGAAGAUUUUGCACACUGCAAACUCUCGUCCGAACAGACGAUGACCUUUCUUCGAUUGUGCUGGACAUUAUUGGAUCGUCAGUCGACACUGAUGCGUGGAAUUUAACUCCUAUCAAAUUUGAAGGUGAAAUAUCGUGCUUGGAAAAGCUAGUGUAGGAAAAAAAUCUGUAUUUAGGUUAAAAAUAGAAAAAAUUGUGUAUGUUCCCCUUGAGCUAGAUGGGGGUAAACCAACCGACCAAAUGAUAUUCCCAAAUCGGAUCCAAUCAACGUAGUGUUUUUAGUGAAAAAUUCAAUUGUGCCCCGUCGGAGCUUAAGUGGAAAAAAAAUCCUCAUCUAGCAAAAAAUGAAAUCUUCAUAGAAAUCGAUCCCGGGUUCUCUGGGGCGGCUGAUAUUCCCUGUCUGUAGGGGUGUGUGUAUGUGUGUACAAUUCGAAGUCCUACAGCAAGGAUUUGGGGUGGAAAAUUGUGGCCUGCAAAUCGUCGAGUUUUCACAGAGAGUGAGAGUGAGAACGAACUCGUCCUUUUCUCGUAUCUGACAGCGAGAAAGAGAGUGGAAGAGCGAAAGUGCAAACAUAAACAUAACCAACACAAAGCAUCCGCUUGACAUAAACAUAAACAUUAGGCACCAUCUCGGCUGAGUGCACGCGUCCUCAACUGUGGAUUUGUUGGUAUAGGAUCAGGCCACCGUGGGAAGCGAGUCCUCAUCGUCAUCAUCGGCAACGUCAUCUUCGCGGGGGAACAGAAUAUUCCGCAUACCACCAUCAGCUGAACCAAACUGGCUGAAUAGCAGAACUGCAGAAAACGCAACUACCGAAAUAGAACCGGUAACCACUUGCUACUACUGCUGCUGCUGCUGCUGCUGGGAAAUGUACUGAAAGUACUGCGCAUUUAGGCCACCGAAGGCCUAUAACCAAGUGUGUCGACAGCCUAGGAGUUCCACAUACACCGCAAAACGCGUAGCCAUAAUUCUACACCGCCAUCGAUGGCCACCGAGCUCCAGAGUGGCCGCAAAACCCGAAGUGACAUCGCCAUGCAGAUUUCGUCGUCCACGGCAGCGACCGCGUCGUCCCCGGGGCACCACGAACUAACCGAACUGUCGGUGGUGGACAUCAACGCAUCGCUAGCCGCAUCGGCACCGAUGAUUUCGUCGGCGAUCUCCAGCGUCACAUCGCCGCCGCCGCCACCGCCGACGCCACUGAAUAUUUCUGCCCCCAUUGCUGCUGGUGUGGCUGGAACCGGUGCUGGCACCGGGGGCGGUGGAGGAUUUACUAAUCUAUUCAAUGUGUCCAACAGUGCCGAUCUGACGGCGGUGGCGUACAAUUCCUACACGCAGAAUGUUCGCUGCAAAUCACCGCCGACGCUGGUCGAUAAUCUCAAGAACGGAACCAUCGGGAACUCGCAAAGCGCUCUCUGCAAUGGCUCCAUCAUGACAAACGGACAGACCAAGGACUCCAACCUGCGGAAAGUCCUCAACAAUAGCGAAAAUGGACAAAAGAAGGGCAUGGUCUCGCUAACUCACCUACCAAAGAGGCCCCCGAUCGACAUCGAGUUCAAUGAGCUAGCCUACUCGGUGUCCGAGGGCCACAAACGGAGCUACAAAACAAUCCUCAAAGGCAUCAAUGGGAAGUUCCGCUCCGGCGAACUUACCGCCAUCAUGGGUCCGUCCGGGGCCGGCAAGAGUACCCUCAUGAACAUCCUCGCCGGCUACAAAACCUCCAACCUGAUAGGUUCGGUCCUGAUCAACGGCAAGGACCGAAACCUGCGCAAGUUCCGCAAGCUAUCCUGCUACAUCAUGCAGGAUGACCGGUUGUUGCCGUACCUGAGCGUACGGGAAGCGAUGAUGGUCUCGGCCAACCUAAAGCUCGGCAAGGACAUUUCGCUGCAACUGAAGAAAGAAAUCGUCGAGGAAAUCAUCGACACACUGGGUCUGCUGGAGGCGGCCAACACCCUGGCGCUGAACCUUUCCGGUGGCCAGCGGAAGCGACUGUCAAUCGCCUUAGAAUUAGUGAAUAAUCCACCUGUAAUGUUUUUCGACGAGCCAACCAGCGGACUGGACAGUGCCACCUGUUCGCAGUUGAUCUACCUGCUCAAAUCUCUGGCCCGUGGAGGCAGAACCAUUGUCUGCACGAUCCAUCAACCGUCGGCGAGAAUAUUCGAAAUGUUCGAUAAUCUGUACGUGCUGGCCGAGGGGCAGUGCAUCUACCAGGGUAGGGUAAACGGACUGGUGCCAUUCCUGGCUUCGAUCGGACUCGAAUGUCCCAGCUAUCACAAUCCCGCAAAUUAUGUGAUGGAAGUGGCCUGCGGUGAGCACGGCGACUGGAACAGUAAACUUGUGACGGCGGUCAGCAACGGCAAGUGCAACAACUACAAUCAACCGGUAUUAGCUCAAGGCAAGUCGCAGAAAAAUGUAGCACUAGAAGAGGACCAACCGGCGGAGAAAAUCGUGACCGUCCUGUCGCUGGGGGCCGGCGAAGAUGAUCUGGUUAAAGCAUCUGCGGUCGAGUUUACCACCAUCAACAUCGAACCGUUGAAUAAUGAAAGUAAAUUUUCGUCCUCGGCCGUAGUUAGCAGCAAUAAAACAACGGGUGACGACUCGGUUGGAACGAGUACGAUGGUGGUGGUGUCCUUGGGGAAAGGAACUGCCGACGGUGCCGCCGGUACUGCGUCUGCCGCCGGCGGCAAUGGAGCACCACCAUCCGUAUCCACCAAACCAACCUGCACUACGUCGCUGCUGGACUCGACCGAAAGCGUUAGCAUUGCGGUGCCGAAGAAGCUGACCGGAUUUCCCACGUCCGGCUGGAUGCAGUUUUGGAUUCUGCUGAAGCGAACCUUCAUCACCAUCAUGCGGGAUCAAACACUGACACAGAUGCGGCUGGUUUCGCACGUGGUCGUCGGCGCGAUCAUCGGCAUGAUCUACUACGACAUCGGAAACGAUGCCGCCAAAAUCAUGAGUAACGCUGGUUGCAUAUUCUUCACCACCAUGUUCACGAUGUUCACCGCCAUGAUGCCGACCAUUCUGACGUUUCCAACCGAAAUGGCCGUCUUUGUGAGGGAACAUCUCAACUAUUGGUACUCACUGAAAUCAUUCUACUUUGCGAAAACCGUUGCUGAUCUUCCAUUUCAAGUACUCUUCACUAGCGUCUAUGUCAUCGUAGUGUACUAUCUAACCUCCCAACCGAUGGAACCGAAGCGGGCCGGCAUGUUCGUGCUGAUCUGCAUCCUAACGUCGCUGGUGGCCCAAAGCCUUGGCCUGUUGAUCGGAGCCGGGAUGAGCGUCGAGACGGGAGUCUUUCUCGGCCCGGUGUCCACCAUUCCGAUCAUUCUGUUUUCCGGCUUCUUCGUCAACUUCGACGUCAUUCCCAAGUACCUUCAGUGGUUGACGUACGUCAGUUACGUGCGGUAUGGCUUCGAGGGAGCCAUGGUCUCCGUCUACGGUAUGGACCGGGAGAAGCUGCGCUGCACGGAGAUCUACUGCCACUACCGGAGUCCGCAGAAGUUCCUCGAGGAAAUGUCCAUGGACAAGGCCGAGUACUGGAUCGACGCGACGGCCUUGUUCUGCUUCUUCAUCGGUCUGCGCAUCGUUGCCUAUCUGGUGCUGCGCUGGAAACUGCAUUCCAUCCGUUAAACAGUAGUCAACCCUAUCCCGAUUAGGAUGUUUGUCUUCGUUGUCGUAUUGUUUUUGGUAGGGUAGUUUAGUUUCCAUAUUAUUUCACUAAUGAUAUGUAGUUCAUAUUAUUACGGUGAUUGAUUGACGGGAAGAACCAAUUCUGUAUUUAUUUUCUAGAAUACAAUUCAAACAUCGGGUCACACUUUGGGACGAUCGAUUAUACCUAACAUCAAACAUAAAGAAAAAGAAAACAAUUUUUUUGAUCUUUUAGGAUAAUAAUCAAUAUUCAUACUCUAGCCAAUACUAUAGGAUGUUUGCUUCGUAAAAAAAUGAGAAUUGCUGCCACCAAGUCAAACCAGUUGGGGAAAAUGGUCGUCCCAAUUUGUGCAUCAGAAGAGAACCAUAUAAAAUUGAGGUUUUUAAACCACAUAUAUCACACAAUUGCGAAUACUCUCAGAAAAUCACACAAAACACCGAGACACAUACACACAGAAAACAAUACCAGAAAAAAAAACACACACACACACAUUAAUGUAGUCUCAAAAUAUAUUCAUCCUUAGCUGUUAGGGUAGACCAAAAAAAAAAGAACUACCAAUUAUUGGUGAAUCUAGCGAUUUAGUGCGCGGUACUCGAAAUGCGGUCGAUAUAUUAAUGGAAAAAAAAAUUGCUAAAAAAUAUUGAGAAAAAAACUGAAAAUCUUUUUGCUAAAAAUUACAACAACAACAAACACACAAUAACAAAUGCAUUUUGAACUUUUCAUUAAAUCAAAGCGAAAUGACGAAGUGAAGGAACGGAAGUGGAACCAACCGAUGGCAAGAAAUGAAUUUAAAAGUGUGAUAGGAGUAUCAAAUAUUGAAAAUUGUAUGGAAGAAGGAAAAAUACCAGCGAAUAUGCAACUGAUUAUAGGGGAAAUGUAAAACCAGUAUAAAACUAUUUUUUUUUUCGGUAGGCUAUAAGCAAAAUGCGGAUGGAAGUUUGUAUCAAAUGCAUAUUUUUUGUACCAAAUUAAAGCAUAGUUUAUGAGCGAAGCAUCUUGUCUGUUCCGACGACUGCUGACGAUGAUUGGACGUUUUGGCUUCAACCUUAUCGAAUAAGUUGCCUAGAUUUUCCCUAAAUUGAUCGUGGUACUAGUAGGUUAGGUUUCUUCUUUUCGAAUAAACUAGCAAGGGAAUCGUUAUCAGUAUAGUAUUUAUGUGCAUUAUAAUAGGCAUACCUUUACGAGAGAGAGAACAAAAAAAAACAAUCUGUGACCGAGAACAUACUCAUACGAAUGAAGUGAUUAGUUUCAGUGCAUAUUUAACGACCUACCGUUCUGUCAUUAUGCGUAUUUCCAUUGAGGCGUGGUGAAUUGUGAAAUGUUGCGGAAACGGACUAGUAGACAUGAGAGUGCGAAUCUGGAGGAUGCUGUCUAGGAGCCAAGAUGCCGACAUAAAACGCAAAUAAAACACACAUUUUUUGGUGAUUUUUAGCUGCGAAUUAGUGUGAUAUGAAACUUGAUUUCACCAAUUUUUAACAUAAGAAUCAGAAAAAAAUAA